AUGGGUUCCAUAGGCCCAGCCGACGAUACACCCCAGACGGGAACUGAAUUCCCUUUCCCUAUCGUGUCCUUCCAACCCUUCUUGGACGGGACUCCUGAGGGCAAGAAGGAGGUCGCAGAUCGACUUUAUGAUGCCUUUCACAAUUUUGGAUGGGUCUACCUCAAAGACUUUGGUAUUUCACAGUCCGAAAUCGAGGAGAUGUUUCGAAGAAGCAAGCAGUUCCACGAUCAGCCUACCGAAUGGAAAGAAAAACUCAGACUAAACGACCCCUCGGUAAGUCAGGGGUACACGGCUGAUGGUGCCGAAUCAAGCGACCCUCACGGCGGUCGAAGCCACAAAGAAUGCUAUGAGCAUCGCAAAGUCAACGAGCUCUGCCCGGCAGAGGGAGAGCUGGACGAUUGGACUGCCUGGGCCAAUACCUUCUACAAGAAAUUGCUCGACCUGGCAAGCCAUGUCGCCUCGGCCCUGGCCACGGUGCUAGGUCUCGAUGCCGACGAGUUCCGGGCCCAACUUGGACAACUUGAUGGCCAGCUGCGACUGCUGCACUAUAUGCCCGUGGCACGAAAGACUCUCGAAUCUGGUCGCAACUUCCGCAUCAACCCUCACACCGAUUACGGUCUCUUCACUCUCCUCUUCCAAGAUUCCGUUGGAGGUCUCGAAGUCGACCGGUUCCAUGAUGGGAAGUUCGUGUCGGCCACGCCAAUCCCAGGCACUUGUGUCAUCAAUGUCGCCGAUAUUCUUCAAAGACUUUCCAACGACGGUCUUCGUUCCACUCGCCACCGUGUCAUGGCGCCGAAGUUGUCUCAAAAGCAAUUGGACGCCAUUGGCCCCGAUGGGUAUCUGCCGGCUCGCUACUCGACCGCCUUCUUCGUCCACCCAGAGCGAAACUUCUUGGUCGAUCCUAUUGUCAAGGAAGGUGACAAGCCUCAUUAUGAACCUUGCGUAGCUGGCUGCUGGAGAGACGCCAUCACCGCAAAGAACUACAGGCUCCCGAUACCUAUGGACACCCCAGAACAGGUUCAGGCCGCAAAGUGUGUGGAUUUACGUUAUAUGAUGGCCGCAAAUAUCGAGAAGAAGCCCCGUGUUAUUUGA